AGUUUGAUGUAAUCCCAGUUGUUUGUUUCCCUUGCCCUAGGAGAUAUAUUGGCAAAAAUAUUUCACAUGAGGUAUCUGAGGUUUUAUGUUGGGAUAAGAAACAUCGAGUUUUCUUGGGUGAACAUGAGAAAAUGAGAUAUAAGAUUUGAAUUUCAUUUUGAAAAAAAAAAAAACAUCAAAAAAGGUAUUAGCAACCUCAUGGGGGUGAUGGGGAACUGUCACUCAGCUGGGAAGAUGCAGCCCUGCCCUCACUCUGAAAAAUAUGGAUUUCACUUCCUGCCAUUUGUCAUUGUAGCCACGUAUUUUACGAGUUUAAACCAUUUCAUCUUCAAGAUUAAAAAAAAAAAACCUUUGGACAUAAACGAAAGUCUUUAAUCUUACCCUCUCUCCAGGUACUGAAAAUAGUACAGCUAUUUUAGCAGUGAAUUGAGUGUGGGCACUUCUGAAGUGGGACGGUGCAUCUGGGGGCAAAUAGUGUUCACACUGUUUGUCCCGCACUUACAGGGAGAAGUCAUCUUACCUUUGCUGCAUCAUGAGCACAUACUCCCGCGUAAUGGAGUGAAACAAACUUCCACAAAGCAACAGUCCCCCUGGUGCAGGUGCAGUAGAUAUGGACGGAACCAACGAUAGCACUCAAGGAAAUUUCAUCCUUUUAGGAUUUUCUGACCACCCCCAUCUGGAGAGGAUCCUCUUUGUGGUCAUCUUGACUGCAUAUCUCCUGACCAUUGUGGGAAAUACCACCAUCAUCCUGGUGUCCCGGCUGGACCACCAGCUCCAGAGCCCUAUGUACUUCUUCCUCACCCACCUUUCCUUCCUGGACCUCAGCUUCACCAGCAGUUCAAUCCCUCAGCUGCUCUAUAACCUGAGUGGACAUGACAAAACCAUCAGCUACACAGGCUGUGCCAUCCAGCUCUUUCUGUUUCUGGGUCUGGGUGGCGUGGAGUGCCUGCUCCUGGCUGUCAUGGCCUAUGACCGGUUUGUUGCAGUCUGCAACCCCCUGCACUACCUGGUGAUCAUGAAUCCUCGCCUUUGCAUGGGAUUAGUGUUGGUGGCCUGGGGUGGUGGGGUGGCCAACUCCCUGGCUAUGUCCCCAGUUACCCUGAAUUUACCACGCUGCGGGCGCCGCAGUGUGGACCACUUCUUAUGUGAGAUGCCUGCCCUGAUCCGGAUGGCCUGUGUCAAUACAACUGCCAUCGAGGGCACUGUCUUUGUCCUGGCAGUGGGUAUUGUGCUGUCACCCCUGGUGUUUAUCCUCAUCUCCUAUGGCUACAUCAUAAGGGCUGUGUUACAUAUUCAGUCAGCAUCAGGGAGGCAAAAGGCCUUCAACACGUGUGGCUCUCAUCUCACAGUGGUCUCUCUGUUCUAUGGGAACAUCAUCUACAUGUACAUGCAGCCGGGAAACAACUCUUCUCAGAACCAGGGAAAAUUCCUCACCCUCCUCUACAAUAUUGUCACGCCACUUUUGAACCCCCUGAUCUACACCCUCAGAAACAGAGAGGUGAAGGGGGCACUAAGGAGGCUGCUGCUAGGUGACAGAGAAGUACAAAAGAAGUAACAGCAAAUAGGAGAGAGGGCAUCUGCAGCCCAGCCGUCAUCUCCUUCAGGGGCCAACAGUGCCAUUUGGGACUCUUCAGUCAGAUCUGGUCUUGACCUGUGCUUCCCAAUGUGUGUGUCUUUUUCUGGACUUCCAUAAUCUGUUUCUGUCCCAACAUUACGUAUUUUAAUGUGCAGCUGCACAACACACAUCAUUCAAAAAUCCCUCUAGCCGCACUAUGAAACAGGUUCAAAGAACAACAUGAGAUAAGCAGUUAUAAAGAUAAGUUUCCACAGUUUCUACCAAAGUGCCAAGAAGAGAAACACUGUUUGUAAUCUGACUUUUGCUUUUGUUAUUUUAAAAAUUUUUUUACCAU